CUCUCAUCUCGCGCCACGGCUCUCCUAAACAGGAACACCUCAAGACAACAACACAACACAGGAGAGAAAACAACAGCACAGCGUGGUUAGCGGACCAAGCAACCAGUCAACAUGAAAGUCCUCGCCGCAUCAGUAUUCUUGGGAGUCCUCUCCAUCGCCUACGGCGGCUUCCUGCACGGUGGUGGCGGUGGCGCCGUCCUUCACGGUGGCGUCGGUAGCGUCCUUCACGGUGGCGUAGGGGGCGUGGCCGUCCACCAUGCCGCUCCCGCUGCCACCUUCGUCCAACACGCGGCCCCGGCCGUCGCCGUGAGCCGCCCCGCCGUCAGCUUCGCGGCCGCCCCAGCCGCCGCUGUCGUCCACCACGCUCCGGCGUACGCCGCCCCAGCCGCCACUUUCGCUAGACCAGCGGGUCUCGGCUUCGGCUUCGCCCAGCGCUUUGUCGCGUCGGCUCCGGCCGUGAGCUACGUCCAGCACGCCGCUCCCGCAGUCGCUGUCAGCCGCCCUGCCGUCAGCUUCGCUGCCGCUCCUGCCGCCACAUACGUCCAGCACGCAGCUCCAGCCUACGCUGUGAGCCGCCCGGCAGUCAGCUACGUCCAGCACGCCGCCCCAGCAGUAGCCGUCGCCCGCCCGGCCGUCAGCUAUGUCCAUCAUGCCGCCCCAGUUGCCAGCUACGGUGUAGGCUAUGGUGCAGGCUACGGUGUAGGCUAUGGUGCCGGUCUCGGCUUCGGUCGCACCUAUGCCGCGGCCCCAGCCGUCGCAGUUAGCCGUCCCGCUGUGAGCUUCGCUGCACCUGCGGUCGCCGCCGCUCCGGCUGCUGUCGCAGUUCACCAUGCUCCCGCCGUUUCCUACCGUACCGCUGCCGUGGCCGCUCCUGUAGCCACCUAUGGCGCCGGUCUCGGAUUCGGCCACACCUACGGUGCCGGUCUCGGCUACGGCCACAGCUUUGCUGCCCCAGCCUUCGCCCGCCAGGUUUCCUUCUCUGCUCCGGCCGUUGCUGCAGCCCCUGCCGCAGUAGCAGUCCACCACGCUGCUCCAGCCGUCACAGUCGCCCGCCCUGCCGUGAGCUUUGCCGCUCCCGCUGUCGCCGCCGCUCCGGCUGCCGUCGCCGUCCACCACGCUCCGGCUGUCGCCUACCGCGCAGCUGCCGUCGCUGCUCCAGUCGCCACCUUCGGUGCCGGUCUUGGCUUCGGACACGCUUACGGUGCCGGCCUCGGCUACGGCCACAGCUUUGCUGCCCCAGCCUUCACCCGCCAGGUUUCCUUCGCUGCUCCGGCCGUCGCUGCAGCCCCUGCCGCAGUAGCAGUCCACCACGCUGCUCCAGCAGUCGCAGUCCACCAUGCUCCAGCUGUCGCCUACCGCGCAGCUGCCGUCGCAGCCCCGGUCGCCACCUUCGGUGCCGGUCUUGGCUUCGGCCACUCCUACGGAGCCGGUCUUGGCUACGGCCACGCCUUUGCUGCUCCGGCCUUCUCUCGCCAGGUCUCCUACUCUGCUCCGGCCGUCGCUGCAGCACCUGCCGCAGUAGCAGUCCACCACGCUGCUCCAGCCGUCACAGUCGCCCGUCCUGCCGUGAGCUUUGCCGCUCCAGCUGUCGCCGCCGCUCCGGCUGCCGUCGCCGUCCACCACGCUCCGGCCGUCGCCUACCGCGCAGCUGCCGUCGCUGCUCCGGUCGCCACCUUCGGUGCCGGUCUUGGCUUCGGACACGCUUACGGUGCCGGCCUCGGCUACGGCCACAGCUUUGCUGCCCCAGCCUUCACCCGCCAGGUUUCCUUCGCUGCUCCGGCCGUCGCUGCAGCCCCUGCCGCAGUAGCAGUCCACCACGCUGCUCCAGCAGUCGCAGUCCACCAUGCUCCAGCUGUCGCCUACCGCGCAGCUGCCGUCGCCGCCCCAGUCGCCACCUUCGGUGCCGGUCUUGGCUUCGGCCACUCCUACGGAGCCGGUCUUGGCUACGGCCACGCCUUUGCUGCCCCGGCCUUCUCCCGCCAGGUCUCGUACUCAGCUCCAGCCGUAGCUGCAGCCCCUGCCGCAGUAGCUGUCCACCACGCUGCUCCAGCAGUCGCAGUGCACCAUGCUCCGGCCGUCGCCUACCGCGCAGCUGCCGUCGCCGCCCCGGUCGCCACCUUCGGUGCCGGUCUUGGCUUCGGCCACUCCUACGGAGUCGGUCUUGGCUACGGCCACGCCUUCGCUGCCCCGGCCUUCUCCCGCCAGGUCUCCUACUCUGCUCCGGCCGUCGCCGCAGCCCCGGCUGCAGUAGCAGUCCACCACGCUGCUCCAGCGGUCGCCGUCCACCACGCUGCUCCAGCCGCCGUAGCCUACCGCACCGCCGCCGUUGCUGCUCCCGUAGCCACCUACGGUGCUGGUCUUGGCUUCGGCCACACCCUUGCCGCUGCUCCCGCUUUCGCGCACAACGUUCACUACAAGACCAUUGUCAACGGAGGUGCUGGCCUCGGCUAUGGUGCCGCUGCUCCCCACAUCAAGAUCCUCAGCCCCGUGAAGAAAUAAGCUAUGACGUCCUCAUGCUCAAGGGGAGCGUCACCACCCGGGCGGUCUGGGACAACGGUAGCCACCACUGGCGCUCUUCUCAGCAGCAGGCUUAUUUAUUGCUCUCAAUAGCCACUAUGCUGCCCUUGUCCGCCGCCCGGACCAGAUGCAGACAGGGUCUGCUGGGACGCGUUAUGCACGCCCUAGAGAAAGAAAAUAAAUCCUUCUUUCGCUGGAGAACAA